AUCGCCUCGACCGCGUACGCGAGCUUUCCGACCAACGCCGGCAGCUGUACCUGGCAGCGCUCCAACCCACCCUCUAUUACUCCUUUUUGUUUCUUGUCCACCCUAUCUUACUCAAGCCGCACUCACGAUGCCGCAUCUACCCAAGGUUGUGCACAGGCGCAGAGGCUCGCUGGGUACCAGCAGCCGAGGCUCCUCUAUGGACGAGACUCACCAUGAUGAAGCCACCAAGGGCGACGAGACGGUCAUGGAUCCGGAGCAAGGCAGCAUGCUCACUCACAUUAUAUCGCAACUGCGGCCAGGCGCCGACCUCAGCAGAGUUACGCUGCCCACCUUCAUUCUCGAGCCGCGGUCCAUGCUGGAGCGCAUAACAAACUUCAUGGCCCAUCCAGAGAUUCUUAUCCCCCUCACCAAGAUCGAAGACCCCAUAGAGCGAUUCGUAGCUGUGACCAAGUUUUACCUCAGCGGCUGGCACAUCAAACCCCCAGGCGUCAAGAAGCCGCUCAAUCCGAUCCUGGGCGAGACACACAGUUGCUACUGGGACUAUUCCGAUGGCACAAAGGGAUACUAUAUCGCUGAGCAGACCUCGCACCACCCGCCCAAGUCGAGCUACUUCUUCAUGGCUCCCGAACACCACAUCCGAAUCGACGGCACGCUCAAGCCGCGGAGCAAGUUUUUGGGCAACUCGGCUGCGAGCAUGAUGGAGGGUAUCGCCGUCUUGCGACUGUUGAACACCGGCGAGCGCUUUUUCGUCACCCAACCAAACAUGUAUGCGCGUGGCAUUCUCUUCGGCACAAUGCAGUACGAACUCGGCGACCAUGCAUUCGUCCGGUGCCCUGAGACUGGGAUGAGCGCCGAUAUCGAGUUCAAGACCAAGGGCUGGGUCAGCGGGACAUACAAUGCCAUCGGCGGCCACAUCAAAGAUGCACAGGGCAAGAACCUCUUCGAGCUGUCUGGGCUCUGGAGCGGAGAAAUGUACAUCAAGGACCUGACUACUGGUAAAAAGCAGCUACUUUUCGACGCAUCCCACACCAGAGAGACACCACCAACGGCCCGCCCCCUGGAAGAGCAGGAUGAACGCGAAUCACAGAGACUAUGGCACGAUGUGACAGAAGCAGUCAAGCGAAGAGACCAGAACACGGCGACGGAUGCAAAGGCGUUGAUUGAGGACAGGCAACGUGACGAGGCAGCAAAGCGAAACAACGAAGGGGUCGAAUGGCAACCGCGACUGUUCCGGCGCGUAGGAAGCGAGAACGGCGAAGAAGAUCUAGACUGGAUCAUCAGUGCAAAAAUUGAUGGUAGAACACCAGAAGAACAGGUCAAACAAAUCCUGCAGAUCCAUGCGAUUCUGCCGGGCCAGAAGCCAGAUCAAAAGUUCGAGAUCCCCACACGUAACAAUGGCGUUCAACAGACUCCCACCGAGCCAUCUGUACCAGACGCGCAUACCGCUCCGUUGCAGCGCGAACAGCAAGUUCCCGCUCCCCAACCUGUCCAGUCUCAACCUGUUCAGCCUCAACUUGUUCAGCAUCAGCAAGUACCCGCUGCGUACCCUCAGCAACAACAGGGAGCGAUUGUCGACCCAUCAUAUCGCGAACAGCCAGCGCAUGCUGCUUAUUCUCAGCAGCAACAGCCAUUGCAAACUUCUCAACAACCACAACAACCGCAGCAACAGGAUUACUCUAGUUACUACAUGAACUCUGCCGGUAGUGCGCAGCCACACCUACCUCAAUGAACAUGCCUGAGCGAGUAGCUCAAGAGAACCCACCCAGCAGGCUUCUGCAUUCGAAUCCGCACCCCGAACCAACUCGGGACGAUCGGCUGAAGAGGCAGGACAGCGAGACGCACGAGCAUGAUACA